AUGGCACCGUCCUCAUCCUCAUCUUCGUCGGCGUACGCGUUCAAGCCGGGCGGAUCGCUCAAGCUUAAGGGCGAUGACGGCAAGAAGGAUAAGAAGAAGCACGCAACCGUCGCUGAUUCCUCGACGGCGACCCGCUCUUCCAAGCAGAAGCAUGUCAGGGAUCACAGCAACGACGAGCAGGAAGACGACCUUGCAAGAUUGGAAGGAGAGGUAGGCAUGGGCUUGACAACGGAGGGGAGGAAGAUGACCGAGGCGGAGCGCAAGUUUGAGGAAGUUCGCAGGAAGCGUCUUCACCAACGCAUCGCAAAGGAAGCGCGCACGUCUCACAAAGAGAAGGUCGAAGCGUUCAACAAGUAUCUCGGGUCGCUUUCGGAACACCACGACAUUCCCAAGGUUGGACCUGGUUAG